AUGGAGAACGUCAUGGGCCUCAAGCCAUGGAUGUUGGCUCUCCUCUACCUUCCAGGUCUGAUCCUUGGAGCACCCUCAACCUCUAACUGUCUAGGAACCUGUGGUACCAGCUCCCCAGAGAAGGCGCAGGAAUCCUGGGACAAGGACAUCCCCGCAAUCAACCAAGCUCUCAUCCCAGAAGAAACCCCAGAGAAGAGUUUUCUCCUUGAGGGGGAUAUCAUCCGGCCAAGUCCCUUCCGGCUAUUCUCAGCUGCCAGUAAUAAGUGGCCCAAGAGCAGCACUGGCCUUGUGGAGAUUCCCUUCCUGCUCUCCAGCGAGUACAAUGAACUCAGCCGGCAGGUCAUCAUAAAGGCAUUUGCCGAGUUUGAGCGUCUCACGUGCAUCAGGUUUGUCUCCUAUGAGGGCCAGCGAGACUUCAUUUCCAUUGUCCCCAUGUCUGGGUGCUUCUCUAAUGUGGGACGCAGUGGGGGGAUGCAGAUGGUAUCCCUGGCACCCUCCUGUCUCCAGAAGGGCCCAGGCAUCGUGCUCCAUGAGCUUAUGCAUGUGCUAGGCUUCUGGCACGAGCAUGCCCGAGCUGACCGGGACCGCUACAUCCGUGUCAACUGGAAUGAGAUCCUGCCGGGCUAUGAAAUGAACUUCCUGAAAGCUCGGAGCAGUAACAUGCUGGUGCCCUACGACUACUCAUCAGUGAUGCAUUAUGGGAGGCUUGCCUUCAGUCGGCGUGGGAUGCCCACCAUCCUGCCGCUCUGGGACCCCAGUGUCCACAUUGGCCAGCGAUCGAAUCUGAGCACCUUGGAUAUCACACGAGUCCUCAGGUUUUAUAACUGCAGAUCAAGUGAUCAUAGCGCUCCUGGUAGAGGUGUCCAGACUCACAGCAGUGGUGACCGCCCCACUCCUGCCUCCAGGAUAUACUUGCAGAGACUUCUACAGGCAUUGUUGGAGCCCAGGAAGGUCUACUCCCGUGUUCUUGAGACUGGAGGCCAGAACAUUGCUGUGGAAUCUGGAGAGGACUCACCUUCUACUCAGAAGUUCAGUGUGGAUGUUUUGGCAAGGCAGCCACAGGUCUCUGCUUCCACCCCAAGUUCAAGGCCUGGAAUAGAUGCUCCUGGCCUUGUUUUAGGGGGGCGCUCGCUGCUCAGCGAUGUGUCUCCACCGGCGCGGCAGGUAGGACAGAGUUCGCGCAAAGGACUUGGAGAAGGGUUUGGGACAUUCUGUCCAGUCUCCUCUGCCAGCUUCUCCACUGCCGGCCGCGAGCUGCUCUUUAUUGUGUCUUCGCACUCGCACACACUCACCAAUCUUCUUCCACCCGCUCACCUUCCGCCUCCUCGGGAACUUGGCGGAACUCUCACCUCGGGCUCAGGCGCUGUCCAGUCCGCAGGAGAGUGCUCCCUCUGUGACCACGGAUGCGCCGGCUCCAGCGUCCUGACUGUUCCAUUUCUGCAAGCUUCCUUCCUCGAGUCCUGGACACCCCAAACGCCUGCCUGGCUCCCUAACCUCCUGUGGCGCACCCGGGUGGAGAGCAACGGCACAGGCAGGAGUGAAGGCUGCAUUCCGCAGGCCGCCGCUCCGCGGGGCGCACAGCCCUGUACCCUGCACCAGCCGCCUGCCCCGCACGCCGCCUUCCGAGACUCCCACCUCCUGUCUCCUCCCCCUGCCGGCCCUGAGAGGUAUACAGCCACGCACCCGGCGUCCGCCACCCGCCCCGCAUGCUCCCGCUUUUGUCUCCUCCCUCUGCCCGCCCCGCGCGCCCUCCGCCCCACGCGGCGGCCGCGCUGCCUGUAG